AUGGCUUGUCCUUCACAUGAACUUGCAAUAACAUCUUUCCAUGAUUUAAUCGUUCUCGAGUUACAUGCGAUGAACGUCUAUGAUGACAUGAAUACUCUCGAUUAUCUUACACCGACAGGAACUUGUCCCCCGUAUGGCAUCUAUAUAAGAUCAUCCUCUCUAUCAGCGCAUCGUACUGCAUUCCUCAAAUUAUCACGAACAAGGAACAGAACAUCUGUUACAGGAAAUCUUACUAGAAUGGCACAAGGACGUCUAUCACACAAUUGGAUUUACCUCUUCGACAAGAGUGUCAGCCGUCCUCCCCACCAGCCCCUGGAGACUUGGUGA